UUUUAUUAAUUAUUAGACCCGAAAACAAGCAGCAAAUUUGCUUAUCGGCAUUCCCGUAAAGAGUUUAUCAAUGGCUAAUGUAGGAGAUCAAAGGAGCUCUGGUAAUCGUGUAGCUCAGAAGUUUGAGCCAUCCUCUGAUUGGACUCAUGACGAUAAGGCCAGUUAUCUUUUCCUUGAUCUUCCUGGUUUUAAAAAGGAGCAGCUGAGGCUUGAGCUUGCUUCAACCGGUCACAUAAUCAUCAGUGGAGAAAGAGUAGUUGAUGAAAACAAAUCCAUAUAUUUCGAGCAAAGCUUUCCAUUGCCUGAUAAUUCGGAUACGGAUAAGGUCAAUGGGAAAUUCGAUGGCGAAUUUCUUCACGUUACAGUCCCCAAGCUAUCUGUUGCAGAAGAAGAAAAUCAUGCAGCCGAUGGCUUAGGCGAAGCGAGUGUUCCGACUGAGACCUAUUCUAACCAUGAUGAAAACCAAAGCAAACAUGAGGAUCACGAGCGGCGGAGCAGUGGCGGCAUCGAUGAAGCCAGCAAGGAAGGUAACCGAGUUGCGAGCUUUCCGGAGGAGAUGGUGAAGAAAUGGGAAGGAGAUGAAGGUCCAUUGGAGAUGGCUAUCAAGUUUAUUAAGGAAAAUAGAGGGGCCGUUGUUUCGGUUAUCAUUGCAUUAUCGGCUGGGGUUUUCAUUUGUCGAACUUUUGAUUGAAUUUGUAUGUACGCACACAAUAA